UUUGAAAUCGCAAUAUUUUUGUUGAUCCUCUCCAGAUUUCUGCUAUGGAUUUUAUUUUGUUCAAUCUUGUUGUAGUGACGAAGAACAUCAUGAAAUUGAGUCCGAGAGAAGUGGAAAAGCUAGGUCUACAUAAUGCGGGAUUUCUAGCGCAGAAGCGUCUUGCUCGUGGCGUGAGAUUGAAUUACGCUGAAGCUGUAGCGCUAAUUUCCGCACAGAUUUUGGAGUUUGUUCGUAAUGGCGAGAAGAGCGUGGCGGAUCUGAUGGAUUUGGGGAAAACACUGUUAGGAAGGAGAUUAGUUCUUCCUGGUGUUCCGCAUCUUUUGGAUUACGUUCAGGUUGAAGGAACUUUUCCUGAUGGGACUAAGUUAAUUACUGUUCAUAAUCCUAUUGAAUCAGAAGAUGGGAAUCUGGAGCUAGCGUUGCAGGGCUCUUUUCUUCCAGUUCCUUCGUUGGAAAGUAGCACAGUGCCUGGCGAGAUUAUCUGUGUUGAUGAUGAGAUUGCAAUCAAUGUUGGGCGGAAAGCUGUUUUAGUCAAGAUAAACAAUAAGGGAGACAGAUCAAUUCAGGAGCAAAAGUCUGCCACCCUUGUAGCUAUUGGUGGUAACCAAGUUAUCAGAGGGGGAAAUGGCAUAUUCAUACUGACACCUUGAAUGAAUCUGGAUUUGUGGAAGAUACCAUUGCAGCUUUUAAAGGAAGAACUAUACACACAUACCAUAGAAGCUGGAGGUGGUCAUGCUCCAGAUAUCAUUCUGAGUGUGUAGUGUGAAAAAUGUAUUGCCAACGUCAACUAAUCCGACUCGACCCUU